AUGACACACGCGCGGAUUCAAAUGAGCUUGUCUCGCCGCCACGGCUGCUGGAAGUUACGCCACAGGACGCAACGGCGAAAGGCAAGCAGCGGGCCACACAGCGCGUUUUCUGAGGACGGCUUGACCCGCACGAGCCCCGUGGUUGACAAAGAUCUUCGCGCUUCAUUUGAUGCACACGAUGCUGUGGAUGCCCACAACGCCGACAUGCCGGAGAAAUCCACGGAUCAGCCUCUCCCCCUCCCCCCAAGCGGCAAAGUCGGCAAUGCUCUGAUACUACAGCAAUUCAGUGAUGUGGUGCUUCCCUCGUUCGAUGCUCUGGAACGUGGCUGUUCAGCAUGCUGGAAGCACCAUCAAUUGCACAUGGGCCCGGCACUGGGCUCGGGCUGCGUCGCUGUGUGCAUGGGCUCGAGUGCCACAUCUGCAGACACGGCACAUUCCAGUGCGCUACGAUACGAUACGGCGCUCGCUACGAGCUGUGUAAUGCCAUUCCGGGAUUGGGCAAUCGUCGCCUGGCGGCAGCGGGAGUCGUUAACUUCCAUUGCCUGGUCCUGCGAACCAUCCUAG